AGAGAAGCAACCAGAGAGGGAAUUAUAGAGCCACUGGAGAGAGAUUAUGAGAAAAGUGCAGAAUUCAGCUGGUGGAUCUUGCUGUGCUGCGGUUCGUAGCACAUCCAGCACACCACCUUCAGCUGGAGUCAGUCAUGUGCUGAGAUUUGGAGUUGUGGUCCUUAUCACUGGUACAGCAUUCAUGUUGUGUGCAUCUUUGGGUUCCUUCUACAUGUGGAAAGUCAGUGAUAAAAAUCAUCUCCCGUGGUGCUUUACUCAAAUUCUCAGUGUGUCAAAACUACAGAGGAUUUUGUUCCAAGGAAAUGUCUGCAAGGGGGUUUAUAAUGUUCGUUACAGCCUGAACAUCAACGGGGAGGCGACGGAGGGCUCCGUGGAAAUUGAUUCUGACAACAAUCUGCAGAGAUUUCAAACUGGGAGAGGAGCUGGGGAGGCUGUGGAGAUUCAUGACUUUCAAAUUGGAAUAACCGGAAUCCGCUUCUUCGGAGGAGACAAGUGCUAUAUAAAAUCCCAUAUCAAAGCAAACCUCCCGCUCAUGGGAGCACACAACAAAGACACGCUGAUGUUUGACCUGACAGAUGAAUUAAUGCCUGUGAGGUUCGAUGAGGAGUUCCUUAUAUGGGUUGCAGCAAAGCAGUCGCUGAAGAACAGCACAUUCUUGAGCUACAGAAUUCUGGAUCUUUGUGGGGAACUUCCCAUUUUUUGGCUCCAACCCAUGUACCCUAAAGAUGGGAAGAGGAAAAAGAGAGGCAUGCAGCGAGCCAAACGGCAGUUAAACAUGCCGGAGAUCAAGGCAACCAAUGAGGAGAGGGACCUGAUGAGUGAGCAGGAGACUGUGGAUGAAGGGCAGUCAGCUGUGGGGUCAGGGUACAAUCCUGAAAACCCCUACCAUCACAGCGGAGAGGCCAGAGAAGAGAGUUCUAUGACCUUUGAUAACAUGCUGGACCACCAAGGAAUCUGCUGCUCAGAAUGCCAGCGCAGCUACACUCACUGUCAGCGAGUGUGCGAGCCUCUGCGUGGCUACUGGCCUUGGCCCUACAACUACAGAGGGUGUCAGGUGGCCUGUCGAGUCAUCAUGCCUUGUCGCUGGUGGGUAGCACGCAUUUUGGGUGUUGUGUAGCCUUUUCGUUUGGAAGGAGUAGUGCUUUUUUUUUCCAUUGCCAAAGGUCUUAAAUCUUAAUACUACUGCUGGAUAGCACAACUUGCAAAUGUUAGAAAUGUUCAUCUUUCUAGGCAUACUUUCAUCUUUAUGUACUGUAAAAUUGGAAUAUAUACUGUAGAUGUAAUCACAAAAUCACAAAUAAGCAGAACAUCUUUUCAUAGCUUGAUGCUGAAGCUUUAGUGCACUGUACUGUGUUAAAUAGAAGGCUUGGGACCAAAUCCAGAAUGCUCAGCUGAUCAUGCACCUUUUUCUGACUGAGUCGGCUUUCAAUAAAUUCUAAUUACAGUA